AUAGUUCCUGCCCAUGUUGGCUUUCUCGCCAUCUUCAACCCCAGCCUGGGCAACACGGACGAGACCCUCGACGACCAGAUCGUAUACUACUCGUCCGUCGACGUUGCCACCCAGAAGCGCCGCCGCCAUACCAGCAAGCGAGGGCCAGCUGGGAGACCCACCGAGAAUGUGUCCCAGGCAGAGCGGAACGAGAGGCUGAGGCAGAUCGGCCUGGCCCAGGGCAUCGUCAACUUUGGCAAGAGCUUCUCGGGCGACCAGGCCGUUGACACCAUCGAGACCGAGAAGACGAGGGUGGUGCUCCACGAGCUGGAGCCUGGCUGGUGGAUCCUGGCUUGUAUCGACCUGACGCGCCUGCCCGUCUCUUCGACUGCAAAGAAGCAGCAGCCAGGCGAUGCCGAAGUAACCACGGAGGCCAACUUCGAGUACUCGUCCCGGGAGGUCAAACCGGCUGCUCUCCUCCUGCAAGACCUGCUGCGGGCACACUCCACCUUCCUGAUGCACCACGACUCCUCGUUGAGCGCAUUGUUCGUCAGGAUUAAACAGGCAAAGUUCACCAGCACCCUAAGCCGAUACUGGGACCUGUAUUUGUCCACAUGGAACGUCCUCCUACAUGGGAACCCUGUCCGGGAUGUCUUUGGGGGUGUCAAGAUCGCGGCGAGCGGUGAGCUCGGGAUAGGCGUUGGGGAGGAGGACCGAGGGAGCGGCGAGCGCGAGGUACUUGAAAGCCUGAAGGGACGCAUAGACGGUCUGGUCGACCUUGUCGUGUCGAAAUUCGGCGAUGGCGACCCGGAUGACAUGGAAAAGUCUGGAGAGGACAAAAAACAACAAGCAAAGGCAGACCCGCAAGCGCAAUGGCUGGGCACUGGCAGGGAGCCCGGUGCGGAGGACGGCGCCAUCUUUCUGGGCGUGGGGAUCCUAUCCAGGAAAUCCGUACGGGACAUCACGUACUGGAUGGAAGACAUGUACAGGUGGGGGGAGAAUGCCUAUGGCGUCUCGGAAAGCCCCAAGGCCAUACGCCGCCGCCCGGCCAAGACAUCCAGGGCGGCGGAAACAACGAGGAAGAAGAACGCUCCAACUUCAAUACAGGUCCCACCCAGCCUCUUCGAUCCCAAUCGGGGCUCCAGACCUGUCAGCAACACACCUUCUCCCCCCGACCGGAGUGCACCUUCUGCCGCAGACUCUGAGAGCUCAGAAGCCGUGGCUGACGAGGUGGCACCUGGGCUUGAGAAGUAUAUAGACUAUCUCAAGCUAGGGUAUGGCAAGUACUGGAGCCUCGGCCGUGAGGCAACAUCUAAGGAUCCCGAGCCAGCCGAGGUCGACGAUACCGAACCUAACCGGCCGAAGCUCGAGAGAACUUCGUCCAAGGGCGAUGACAUAACGGGUCAUUUCCUCAUCGGGCUUACGGGAGAAGUCGAAGACAGCUGGGUUGAGGACCCCGAAGAGAGGUCCUACGCGGUCGAACAGGAAGAGCACAACGCGCGCACCAUGGUCAGGACCCUGACCGUCGAGCUAGAGACCCCGACGGCCGACAAGCCUGAGGCCAUGUUCACACGGGUGCUGGGGAGCCACGACACGGACCUGUCCGCCAGAAGGCGUCUGAGCCGCCGCGGGUCCUUUGACAGCCAGGACCGGAACAAGACACAGAGGCUACGCGUGGUGGUCUACGUGGUCAAGCCGUUCAUGUUCACCUUGCUGUUUGAGCUGCGGACCGAGUCUCUAUCCUUGGAAGGCCUCUACCGUUCCCUCCACCACCAGCUGGCGCCGCUGCGCAAAUCGCUAGCCAGCUCGACGGCCUAUCGACCUGACAGGCCUGAUGUGGGCAGGUCGGCGGCGGCAAUCUAUGAUUUGGUCUGGGACCCCAAGGCUGUCACUGUGCACUCGACCAUACCGAGCAUUCCCGACCCGGCAGAGCCGUACAACGAGCAGUCAUCCUGGUCACGAGUGGAUGCCAUUAACACGCACAUGCAGAUUCUCAACCUGUGGAAAACGACCCGGGCCAGUGCCACCGAGCUGGAGCGCACAUGUAAGACAAGCCGCGGGUGGUGGAUUGUUUGGAGUCGCAUCCUGGAGCGGAAAGACGAAACAUCGUCGUCCUCCUCCUCCUCCUCUACAGAAGUCGGGCGACCAUCCUCGGCCCAGAGUAAUGACUCAAUACCUUCUACGGUGUCCAGGAUGUCGACGACACCACAAGGCGCAGGAGAUGAAGUCAGCAAGGAGAUCUUCCUACUGCGCAAGGCCAGCGACCACAGCGGCCACAGCAGGAGCAUUAGCCUGGCUGGGGCUGCGAGCGGGACAGGGUGGGCAGAUGGGGCGAGUAGGCUGGCGCAGGGCAUUGGCGUCGAUACGAGAAAGUAUAUCGAGGGUCUACUUAGUCUC